UCGGCGGCGUGUCCGGAGGGCGGCAGUUGCAUCAGGCGGCGACUGUCCCCCGCCCGGCCCGGCGUGCCGAGGAGACGCGAAAGUCUUUGUGCGGCCCGCGGCAGCUCGCGCCAGUCCUGCUCCAGACACCGCCACAGCCAGUCGCAGCAGCAGCAGCAGUUUACGCGAAGAUGGCAGCCAACAGGUUCGUGAUGAUCGCCCUCGUCGCCGCAGUGGGUGUGGCCCUGGUGGCAGCCAGGCCACAGGAGGACAGGACCGAGAUCAGCAACGAGAUCCCUCUGGGUAUUGACGUGAGCAAUUCCCCAGCGCCGACCAGCGUCAGCACAAACUCCAGUAGUGUGUCGGACUUCACAACUGAAGCCCCUACAUCCACAACAGUCCCGACAACAAGGACCUCAAUGUUCUCCAGGAUAAUGAAUGAUAUUUUCCAGAUCCCCAUCACCGUGCUGCGAGCGGUCAACAACCUGCUCAACAACUCCUUCGGCAGGUGCAAUCUGCAGUAGGCAAAAUUUUCAAACUUGGUUUGUUAGCUACAAAAAUAAAAUGAAAUUAUUUAUGAAUACUGAAUUAUUUAUUAAAAAUUACAAUUAAAAUAUUUUUAUGAAAAUAAAAUAGGUUUUAGACAUGUAAGAAUUUUUCCACUUUCACUGAUUGUAAUAAAUAAUAAAUAUUCAAAAUUUGAACUUAUUGUCAGUGUUUUCAGAAUUGUAUUACUUCUCAGUGCUAAUUCUCUUCAGCACUGUUUUCCUCACUUACAUGAUAGCACUAGUUUAGGAGUCAACAACAAACGAAUAAAUGGAACCUUGACAUUGGGCAUUGUCACAACA